GAGAAAGAAGAUAUGGACAGAUGUUUUCCUUAGAGGAUCCCUAAAAAAGAUUACAUGAAUAUUCUUGCAACAUGGAAUACAUUCAAGCUUUUGUUCCUAACCUGCUCUGCUUUUAAAUAGCUUGUUUGUGUUGUAAACGCCUACUUUUCCUUUUCGUUGCUUCUAUUUUAGUUUAUUAUACAUUUUUUAAAAAUCUUUUAUCUAGUUUGUGAGUUUACUUGAAAUCUGAUAAGCUUACAGUUAGUAGCUGGCCAGUGCUAGAUCAGAUGAUUUGGAAAUUUGAGAGAUUAAAUCUAUAUUCCUCAUUGAGUUAAGACAUUUUAUUUCGGAUUGACUAUUGAGUGAGUUCAUUCUCUCAUCUCUACUUGUAGCAUCCAUUCUAGGGGAACCUACAUGGAUCUCAAACGCCACACUGGAAGGCUAAAUAGGUAAGCUUCUUCAAAGGGCUAUCAGUUCACCAGCAGCAGCCCAGUAAAAAUUUAAGGUUGUGUUUGGAUGUGCAGAAUCAUUUAUUGUUUGGUGGUUAUUGUUUGGUGUCGUUUAUCUUAUUUGUUUUAAAAUUUGCAGCUAACCCCUUUAUAAUUUUUUUUGGAACUAAAUGUUAUAUGAGGAUCUACCUGCAAUUGACUGCCUUGAAGAUCACAAAAGACCAAGUUCAUCACAUUUGAGAAGGAAAUAAGAUUUAAUCUUUGUUGAUGAAUUACUUUAUAGAUGAAGAGAAGCAAAAGUGGAUAGACAUCUGAAAGCAACCUCAACAAUCUGGCUGCUCUCUUAGGGUAGAGGCGUAGUAUGCCUCCUCACAGCUACAAGGCCUUUAUCUUGAAACAUGUAUUUAAGACCUUCCUGCACAAGUUGAUGGCUCCUUGUUUGUGCAAACUCAUCUAGAUUGGCUGGGCAGGGCUACUAAUUGGGCUAAAUUCAGUGCAAUAGCAGGGCUAUGUGUUAUUCAUAGAGGCCACCUGCAACAGGGCAGAUCGUUGAUGGCCCCUUACUUGCCACAGAGUGGGGCUGGUGGUGGUAGCAGUCCAUACUCUGAAGGUGGGAACUAUUUUAGACUGAGGUUGCAAGGUGAGGUGUGGGGUUGGACGUCUUUUUUCAUUGAUGUGGCUGCUGUUGGUAUUGGAUCCUCUUAUUAUCAUCUCAAGCCAAAUGACGCUACUCUUGUAUGGGAUCGUUUGCCGAUGGCUAUUGCAUUCACGUCAAUCAUGGCAAUCUUUAUAAUUGUAAGAAUCGAUGAGCAAAAGGGAACGGUGUCCAUUCUUCCCCUACUCUUGGUAGGUGUUAUAAGCAUAUUGUAUUGGAGGUUUUUUGAUGACCUCCGCCCAUAUGCACUGCUUCAGUUUGUUCCUUGCAUUGUAAUUCCGAUAAUGGCUAUCUUGUUGCCUCCAAUGUACACACAUUCCACAUAUUGGCUUUGGGCUGCAGGAUUUUAUCUUUUAGCUAAGGUAGAAGAAGCUGCAGAUAAACCAAUUUAUAAAUGGACAUAUCAUAUUGUCAGUGGGCACACUCUUAAGCAUUUGUGUGCUGCAAUGGUUCCAGUCUUCUUAACACUUAUGCUUGCAAAGAGGACUAUUGAAACAGAGGACCGACGUUCACAAGAUAAUGUCAGCAUCAUCAUUGUUGAUUUGGGGAGGACAGAUUGGCAAAGUUUGCCUCGUUCAGAAAGAAAUUUUUGUUUAUGAACUGGGCCAAGCUUUUGCUACUAUCGGUAUUGUGUCAUUAGGAGUAUGGAUGUCUUCUCUGCUUUCUGCACGAGUUCUCAAGCUUGGCUUUGUAAAUAAAUCCUCACAGAUUUCUAAUAUAUUGUGUUUAGAUAUAUUAUGUAAUUGUACAUGUAUCACAUCUUAUUGCAUUGUUUUUUAUUUUUAA